AUGCCUCACCGCGAGUCGUCUCCGGCCAUGUCGGAAAACGAGUUCGACAUCACGAACUCGCUCUUCCAGCAUGACAGCGACUCCGACAACGAUGGUGACACCAAGCCCCGUCAGAAGCACACUCCCGCUCAAGACCUCGACUUUCUCGGUGCCGAUGACGAUGAUGACGAGGCCUUCAUUGCGAAUCGGCAGGCAUCUGCAAACCGAAAGGGCGCCAACCUCAAGGGCCGGACCGUGAAGAAGGGUGGUGGCUUUCAGGCCAUGGGUCUGAAUGGCAAAUUGCUCAAGGCAAUCGCCCGCAAAGGAUUUUCAGUCCCGACUCCUAUCCAGCGCAAGACGAUCCCCGUGAUUAUGGACGACAAGGAUGUAGUGGGUAUGGCCCGUACUGGUUCCGGAAAGACGGCCGCUUUCGUUAUCCCCAUGAUCGAGAAAUUGAAAGGCCACAGCAACGCAUUUGGAGCCCGUGGAUUGAUUAUGUCGCCCUCUCGAGAACUGGCUUUGCAAACGCUCAAGGUGGUCAAGGAGAUGGGCCGUGGUACAGAUCUACGAUGUGUGCUCCUCAUCGGUGGAGAUAGCUUGGAGGACCAGUUCGGAAUGAUGGCAGGCAACCCUGACAUUGUCAUUGCGACACCAGGUCGUUUCCUGCAUCUGAAGGUCGAGAUGGAUCUGGAUCUCUCGUCUAUCAAGUAUGUCGUCUUUGACGAAGCUGAUCGACUCUUUGAAAUGGGUUUCGCUGCGCAGUUGGCCGAAAUUCUUCACGGCUUGCCAUCGACACGCCAGACGCUGCUCUUUUCCGCUACCCUCCCCAAGUCGCUUGUUGAAUUCGCACGAGCUGGCUUGCAAGAGCCCAGCCUUGUCCGUCUGGAUGCCGAGAGCAAAAUUUCCCCUGAUCUUCAAAAUGCCUUCUUUGCGGUCAAGUCGUCCGACAAGGAAGGUGCGCUUCUUCACAUUCUACACGAAAUCAUCAAGAUGCCUACGGGACCAACCGAAGCUACCAUGAGGUUCAAGGAAGGCUUCAAGGAUCGGAAGCGCAAGAGGGACGGGGAGAAGGGCAGCAGCUGGAAGGAAUCGCCCACCGAACAUUCCACCAUUGUAUUUGCUGCCACAAAGCAUCACGUCGACUACCUCUACGCUCUUCUUGUUGAAGCUGGCUUUGCUACUUCCUACGCAUACGGUUCACUGGACCAAACCGCUCGCAAGAUCCAGGUCCAGAACUUCCGAAGCGGCAUCUCCAAUAUCUUGGUCGUCACCGAUGUGGCCGCUCGUGGUAUCGAUAUUCCCGUUCUUGCCAACGUCAUCAACUACGAUUUCCCGUCGCAGCCAAAGAUUUUCAUUCACCGUGUCGGUCGUACCGCACGUGCUGGCAAAACUGGAUGGAGUUACAGUCUUGUGCGCGACGCGGAUGCCCCGUAUCUGCUCGACCUUCAGCUGUUCCUAGGCCGAAGAUUGGUUCUUGGGCGUCAAUAUGGCAACCAGGUUAACUAUGCCGAGGAUGUGGUCGUGGGCACGAUUCCCAGAGACCCGAUGUCCCGGACAUGUGAAUGGGUUAACAAGGUCUUGGAUGAGGUUCCAGACAUCCACUCGCAGCGCCAGGUGGCCACAAGAGGCGAGAAGCUUUACAUGCGCACCCGAAACGCCGCAUCCAUAGAGAGCGCGAAGCGAGCGAAAAAGGUCACUUCUACCGAAGACUGGUCCGCCAUCCAUGUCCUUUUCAACGACGCGACUAGUCAGAUGGAAGCUGAGCGAGAGCAGAUGCUUGCUCGCAUCGGAGGCUUCCGCCCACAGGAGACCAUUUUCGAGCAUCACAACCGACGUGCCGGCAAGGCCGGCAAGGCUGAAGGUGACGAGGCCAUCGAGACAAUCAAGCGGAUUCGCACCACGGUCGACAAGAAGAAGCAGCGGGCGCAUGCUAAGGAGCAGGCCGAGCUGAUCGAGAUGGGAGGUGGAAACGCCGGAGAGGAUGGAGCCGACGAAAUCGACGAGGACAUCCCCGAAGAAGCCGGGGACAACAUGUCCGAGGCUGACGAGUCGGACCUGGAGGUUACCUUCGGCGCCUAUUCCCAGAAGAAGGAUUCCGGUGAUAAAUCCAAGGAUUCAUUUACUGCGUCGUUCCAGAACCCCGACUAUUUCAUGGGAUACACACCCAACAACAGCAAUGCCGCCGAGGAUCGCGGAUACGGUGUGCAUUCCGGUACCAACUCCAACUUCACGGCUGCCUCGCGCGAUGCCGCCAUGGAUUUGAAUGGCGACGAAGGAAAGAAGGGCUUCGGCGAACCUCGCUCGACCAUGCGCUGGGACAAACGUCACAAGAAGUACGUGGCGCGCCAGAACGACGAAGACGGAUCCAAGGGCGCUCGACUGGUGCGCGGCGAGAGUGGUGCCAAGAUCGCCGCCAGUUUCCGCAGCGGUCGUUUCCAGUCGUGGAAGAAGGGCAAGCGCAUGAGCGGCAUCCCACGCGUGGGUGAGGCCGAGACGCCCGGCAUGGGCACGGACAUGAACCCCGCUGGUCGCGGUGCUGGCGGACGGUUCCGGCACCACAAGCAGCAGGCACCCAAACGAGCCGACCCGAUGCGACCGGACUACGAAACGAUGAAGAAGAAGAACGAGGCGGCGCGCGAGCGACAGGGCCCGGCCUAUGCAGGCUCGCAGGGGAAGAGCGAGAUCAAAUCGACGGACGACAUUCGCAAGGCGCGCAAGUUGCAGCAGAGGCGACAGGAGAAGAACGCGCGGCCGCAGCGAAAGAAGCGCUGA